AUGGAGCUGUUCGUGCUGGGAGCCGCCGAUGAGCAGCUUGACAUCAGCAGCUUCCCUUUAGCCCAGGCGCAAGACGAUGUUGGUGUUGAUGAUGAUGAUGAUGAGGCCGAGUAUGAUCAUCUAGCGAGAGCAGCCGGCGGCGGCGGCGGUGGCGGUGGCUACAUGGAAGAGGCUGAUCACUUACUGUCCUACCACAGCAGCAGCAGUGCCGCGGAUGUGGAGGUCGAUAUGGAUGUGGAUGUGGAUAACGAUGCGGUCAGUUUGCUGAUGCCGGAGCUCGACAGUGCCACGGCCCUCGAUUGUGGCAAUUUUGUCGACUACGAUGAGUUUAAUCUGUGUCUGAACAACAUACUCAGUGAGGAGGAUGAUGACAGCGGCGGCGUCGGCGGUGGUGGGGGCAAUGGCAACAGUAGCGGUAGCGGCAUAGCCUCAAAGCAUCAGCAUCAACAAUGGCGCGAUGCCAGCGAUGUUCUCAAUAUUGUGCAACUCAAUAACGAUCUGGGCCUGAGUUUCCAGGAGUUUGUCAGCGAAACUACGGCCGAUGAGCAGCGAUCUGUAAGCAGCAGCUCGCCCCAACUGGCAUAGUGGGCCGCCACUGUGCCACAAAUCCGUCAAAUCCAAUGCUACCUGUAUAUAUCACACACCACAC